AUGGCAUCUGGCGACGUGUCUGUGAGGUGGGCUGGAUCCCAAACUUUAGCAGAGCUUUCCAAACGGAUCAAUAUCCCCCUUACCCCGACGAGCCCUCCAGGUUUGGUCGAAGCCAACACUGUCGACCCUUGGAGGCUUUCCGGCAAGUAUGCCUUGGGGUGGACAUACUUCUGUAUUGUGUUAGUUGUGCUCGUCGCCGUGACGAGGGCUUACCACCUUUGGACGGAUAAGAUCAGGCAAGCUAUGCAUAAGCAUGAGGUGGAGCAAUACUAUCAAGAUAUUUACUCCCAUGACCCGGAGUAUGCCAUGACCGAUCUGCAAACGGGCCAAACUGCAGAAGAACUAUUUCCUCGAGAACCCGAAAAGCCGAUCAAUCUAACCUUCGGUCAAUCACAUUGGUCAUCUAUCGGACCCGUCAACGAUACGCUAGCGUUAUUCAGAUGGAUCUUUUAUCGACCGGUUCCUGAGAUUAAAUGGAAGAAGCGUGUCCUUCUCAACUUUCCGUCUCUCGCAGUCAUCGCGAUCCUUGUCAUUGCCACUGCCUUCGUCACGCUAUACUGCUUUCUACCGCAACCUCUCUACUGGCAGAGUAUACAGUUCGGAUCCCCACCAUUAGCUAUCAGGGCCGGAAUGAUCUCAGUUGCCAUGACCCCUUGGAUCAUCGCAACCAGUAUGAAGGCGAACCUUAUUGCCAUGAUAACCGGAAUUGGGCAUGAGCGUCUUGGUGUUUUCCACCGAUGGGGAGGCUACCUAUGCCUCUUCUUGGCCCUGGUUCAUACAGUGCCAUUCUAUAUCCAGCCGGUUUGGGAUGACGGCGGCAUGGAUGUCUUUCAGAAGCUCUUCCCCGAGGGGAGUGGGGCUGUUUAUGGAACUGGAAUCGCUUGCCUGGUGCCACUUGGAUGGCUAUGUGUAGGCUCCUUGCCAUUUUUGAGAACGAUUGCAUAUGAGUUAUUCGUGGCUCUACAUAUUCCUGUCGCGAUGGCUUACGUGGCUCUUCUUUUCUGGCAUUGUCACAACUACCUCACCUCCUGGGACUACCUGUGGGCCACUGUUGCCAUUUGGGUGCUCUCAUAUUUCCUCAGAAUAUUCAAAUUGAAUUGGCUGAAGCCGUGGAGGAACGCUUGGUUGAUUGGUGAUGAGGCCGCCAUCACUUUGAUGGCAGAAAAUGCUAUCAAGGUGACGAUUCCGACUCAGAUGACCUGGAGGCCCGGCCAAUACGUCUACCUGAGAAUGCCGGGAAUUUCGAUAUUCGAAAGCCAUCCAUUCACGAUAUCAUCCCUAUGCAGCGAAGAUUUUCCAUCUGAAUAUGGUGAUCAGUACAGAGACUGUACUUUGGUCUUCCGCCCAUUCGGCGGCUUUACCCGUCGCGUUCUUGAAACGGCCAUCGAGAAAGGACCGUUCAAAACUUACCGCGCGUAUCUUGAAGGGCCAUACGGUGGGAUGCAGCGAGAAUUGGCUGCUUUCGAUACAGUGGUUCUGUUCGCCGGUGGUAGCGGUAUCACCGCGAUUGUUUCACAGUUACUUAACCUUAUCAAGAGAAUGAGAGAUGGAAAAGCGGUGACAAAAAAGAUCGAAGUCGUUUGGACUUUGAAGAGAUUGGAAGCCAUGGAUUGGUUCAGGGAAGAACUCCGAAUUUGCAGAGAAUUCGCUCCUCCGGACACAGUGACUUGUCAAUUCUAUGUGACGGCCUCCAAGAGGCAAACAAGAGUGGGUAUGAGUGAUCGAGCGCCGCGGCCGAUCAGCAACAUGCUGCACGAUAAGUUGGAUGGUUUUGUGUCCGGAAUCGCUUCCAAACGGACUUCAGCUUAUAUCCGCGACGAGGCUCAAGGUAAUAUAGACAGGGAGGAGGAACUGAGAGCUGAAAACCAAGACGCAAUCACAUCAUUGCCACGGGCAAAACACUUACAGCCAAAGGUUAUCCCACCCCAACCACAAACAUAUUUCCCUCCACCACCAAAGAAGGUCAUGAGGGAGAACUCACUCAGGAAGCUUGAGGGGCGAGGUAAAGGCCCAGCAAAUACAGAGCCGGAUUCACAUGAGGCAACUCGGCAGUUUCUCUCUCCAUCAGGCUCGAUAUCUAAGCACCGAGAGUUCCACUUCCCACCACCUCCACCACGGGCUGAUGCGCCACAUUUCAACUUUGCACCACCGUCUCCCCGAAAUUCGAACAAUCCUUAUCACCCACAAAAUUUCCAACCGUCUCCGCGAAAUUCGAAUAACCCUUAUAACCCACAAAACCUACCUCCUCCUCCAGGCCCACCACCUCAAGGCUACAGGCCAGCAAGUUACAUCUCACAUGACUCCAAAUCUCUGUCGGCCGACUACCGCCCGGCGAGUUAUAUUGCAGACUCGAAGCCCGCGUCGCAGGACUUAAAGCGGCCAUCACAAGACCAUAACGGCAAACCACCCAGCUUCGAAGAGUCGACGAGGCCAUCCCAUGACUCAAAGUCGGCAUCAAAUAUCCCACCACCACCGCCAAAUCCUCCUAUCGCCGCCCAUAACACAGUAACACCUAACUACCCAGCUCCUCCCGAAGCAGCACACACACGCCAAAAGUCAGUGGAUCUCCAGAUCCAAAUUCCCAACUCCGCCGCUGCACCAGCUGGUGCCGCCGCGUUUGACUUUGGAUUUCCCUCCACCCCCACGGAGUUCCAAAAGAACCUCAUGCGCUUCGCAUUCGUGGGGCCUAAGAAGAAAGAAGGUUGGUCUACCGAAUACGGCCGUCCUGAUCUGGGAUAUAUGCUCAAGGAGAUGGCGACUGGUGGUGCGGAUGGGAAGGGGGUUUUUGGCCGACGCACUUGUGUUUUUGUGUGUGGUCCACCGAGUAUGCGCGUUGAUGUUGCGAAUACAGUUGCCAGGCUGCAAGCUGAUAUUUGGGGCGACGAUAGCAAGGAUGAAGUAUUUUUGCAUACUGAGAACUAUGCUAUCUAA